AUGCCGCCACGAUUAAUACUGUCCCCACUAUCGCCCAAGCCUUCCACUACACUCACCUCGUUAUCUUCUUUCCUCCUCCCCUUCCUACACCAACAGGCUCGACCCGCAUCGAUCCUCACUUCCCUGUCCGACACCAAAGGCGCAUACAACAAACGCAUUCGACGAGGACGAGGACCUUCUUCAGGCAAAGGCAAAACCUCCGGCCGAGGUCACAAAGGCCAAAAGCAACAUGGAAAGGUCCCGGCCGGCUUCACGGGUGGUCAAACGAAAGACGAGGUCGUCCGCGGUCCACAUGGCUUCAAGAAUAUACACGCCGAAGAGAUGUCCGCCGUGAACCUCGACAGAAUCCAAGACUGGAUCAACCAAAAGCGCAUCGACCCGCAGCAACCCAUCACAGUCAAAGAAUUGACACGCACGCGCGCCGUCCAUGGUGUCAAAGACGGGAUCAAGCUCCUAGGGCGAGGCGCCAACAUGCUGACCACGCGCAUCAACAUCGUCGUCUCGCGCGCCUCGGCCUCUGCAAUCGCGGCCGUGGAAGCCCUCGGCGGCACCGUCACCACCAGAUACUACACCAAAUACGCCAUCCACCGCAUCAAGCAGGGCAAGACGGCCCCCUUCGUGAGUCUGAAAUGGGAUCCCGAGGCGCUGAAGAACCCGGCCCUCAACAGGAUCGGCAUGGGCAGCGACCCCGUGCAGAGGGUCAAGGGGAUGGGCUUCCAGUACCGAUUACCGGAUCCCACGAGUAGGAAGGAUAUAGAGUAUUAUCGCGAUCCGGCGAAGAGGGGGUAUUUGGCGCAUACGGUGGGCGAGGGGGAGACCCCGAGUCUAUAUCAUAGAUUGCCGAGGACGGAUGUUGGCGUCAAGAGGACGGUGACUAAGAAAAGGGAGGAUGCUGAGGAGAACAGGCUAUGGUAA